GAUGUAGGGAGACUGCAGCCUCACUCCAAGGCCAAGAGUGGCCUGGCACCGAGCCAGUCUAGCUCACAGACCCAAGGCUGAAGGCUCUACUCCCCAGGCCACCCUGCUGGCCUGACCUGGGGGUUUAAGAGCAGCCACCUGCGUGUCCCAUCUUCUUGACCUUCUAGAGCCCCCUGUCUGUCCCCAGGGCCCCUGCUGCUCACUGAGGCCUUGGCAAGGAAGGUCCCCCUCCCAGCGGCUGCUGUGAUGAGCUAGGCAGCUGGAGGACCUGAGCAGGAGAAUGUGGGCAGGGUCCCCUCAGCCACUUCCCUGGCAGGCUCCUCCGCAGCUCAGCACCACACGCCUCACCUGCUCUUUGGGUUCCCAUCAGUCCCGGGCCAGUUCCAUGUGGCCUUUUCAGCCACCACUCUUCCAUAAGUCCCAGGAUGCAGGCAGACUGCUCUGGAGACUGCAGGAGCUCUGGAGAUCCCAAUCCUGGCUGAAUGCCUGACUCAGGCCUGCCCAAGGCCCCAUUCUUUACCGCCAGCAGCCUGGGAGCCCUGACUGCUGUCCUGUCUCUGUCCCAGGGCCCCUGUGGAGGGGUACCUUCCCUGGCAGCAGGUAGAGGCUGAUUUCACCUCAGCACUCUGGCCCACCUGCCUGAGCCCUGAGCCCACCUGAGCCUCUGCAGGCCUGCUCCCCGCAGCCCAGUACCCUCCAUGUCUUCUCACCAGAGGAAGCCCAGUAGAUGCCUCUCUGCUUCAGUGCUUAGCAGGACCUGCCUGAUGUGUCCCUGAGCACAGAUGCCAGAGGGUGACAAUCCCCACCCCAGCACAGACCUGGAUGCACAGACAUUCAUUUGGAGAUGCCUCCAACCUCACAGUACUCUGGGGCACAGAAUGUGGGGUACUCUGAUCCCUGAGUCAAGACUCUAGGAUACAGGACUUCCCAGCUUCAGUCCCUGGGAAGCCAUGUUCUUCCAUUGUCAGACCCUUCCCCUGACAAGCUGGGUGGGUGGCCCCAGAUUCCGAGUGUCCCAGCUGCAGCUUCCUGCCUGCUGUGCAGCACAGGAGCAUACUUGGUGCAGAACAGGAAGGGACAUGCAAAACCUGGUGUGUGCUAUGUGGGUCCCUGAAGAACCAGUCCCCUAAAGCACCUGGAGAAAAGGAGGACGUGCUCCCUACCCUGGGCUUCAUGGGAAAAAUGGAGGGUAGGGCUGGGUCAUUCCUAUGCCCUAAGGUGACCUAGAAGGGUGCCUUCCUGCUGCCUGGACCAGCUGCUCCCAGCACUGACCUUGCAGUGCCCUUGCACUGCCCUCUGGGUGUGCUCCCUUGGCCCUGCCAGCCUCCAAGGCCCCCUUUCCCUAGGUGCCCACCUUCCCAAAGGCGAGCCCAGAGUAUUCCUGCAGCCCAGCUGACCUCACUGAGAGUGUGCCUGGGUUCCUUCCUCUGCAGGGACAGGUGGCUCUGAGGCACAGCCACCAGGGGGCGCUCAUGGCAUGAGUCUGGGCUCUGCCCUACCCAGGCCAGCACUUGGGGCCCAGUGUUUGUCAGGCAGUCUGCCAGGCUCUGCCCUGCUCCCUGUGGUGCCCUCAGGCAGGGGCUGGGUGUCCCUCGCCCUCUGGCUACCCCAGGUGCUGUUGUCUGCGGGGGCUAGCAGUCUACAGGGUCCACGGGGUUGAAGCCUCUUCAGGUGGCCCCCUGUCCUCCCGGGAGUUGACCCUGGGGCAGGCAAGAGGGCCUGGCAGGGCAGAGUGAAGGAUCCUGAUCCCUCGUCUCCAUGCCACCAAGCUGGGUUGGUGCCCACCUGGGCCCCUGGGAGCCCAUGAGUAAGGCCUGGCUGGGCGAGUGGCAGGUGGAGGCCCCAGCUUUCCCUCUGACUCAGGCUCUCUCACCCUCUUACUUUUCCGUCUCGUUCUGACCCAUUUCUGGGCCAAAUCUCGGCGCCCAUUUCCCGGCUAGCGGUUUCUCACGACAGGGGUCCCUGCCACUGCCAACCUGAGCUGGGGUGUGUGUGUGUGGCAGGGAGCAGCCUGACAGAACCAGGUGGAGGUGGGGGAGGCUCCUUCGAAUCCACCCAGGAAGGGAGCAGGCUGUGGGUGUGGGCGAGGUGGUGGCAAAGGGCCCCAGCCAGGCUGGCAGCACAAACAGGAAGGACAACAGGCCGGCCGCCCCAGGCUGGUAGGAUGGCCUCCUUCCUGCAGGCCCCACUGCCUGAGGGGCACCCACCACAGAAGAGGUGGGGUGAAGUGAGGCCUGAAGCCGGGUGUGGCUCCCCCAGGGUGGCCCUGCUGGGGCUGAUGCCAGGGAGGGGCCAAGGUCCCAGGUGCCACUGCAGUCAUCUCCCUAAGCACUGGGUGGCUGGAAGGGCAGGGGCUCGUGCCACUGUCCACGCUGAGGCCGGUCUUCAGGGAGCAAAGCCCCUCAAGCCAGCUGGACAGUUUCUGAGGUGCCCACAGCCCUCCCUUCCCCUUGAGGCAUUGCACAAACUCUACCGCAGCUGAGCUGUGGAGGGUAGGUGCCUCCCAGGGGCCAAACUGCCACUCUUUCCUGGGUUUGCCUCUGCCCCCACGGUGGGUAUACUGCCAGCAGCUGGUUCCUGUCCCAACGGCAGCCUUGUCUCCAUGUGGGCUAAUAGCUAGGGACAGCCAGCAGUCCUGGGGCCUGGAGUGACUGGGAAAGGGCUGGUUGGGGUGUGGUGCUGGCUACUACGGUUCUGGCUACCCUCCCCUCUAGGACUCCUGGCCUGGGUUCUCGGUAUCUAGGUCUGGCUUGCCAUGCCUUGCCCGGGACCUCUGGGGCCCUGGGGAGCAGAGUGAGAGGUUUGGUUAGGAUGAAGUCAGAUAAGGGGCACCACUCUGCCCGAGAGCAGGGUGUGCCCUGAGCUCUGGGUGACCCUUCAAGGCAUCCCAGAAUCUUCAGGGCUGGUCGCGUCUCCAGCUUGGAGGCCCAGGGGAAGAACUAGACCUCAAGGCCCCAGACUAUGUCCCAGGGCUGGCUGGAGGUAGGGGGAGGGGACCCAGACCUCAGGCUGGGGCUGGACUUCUUUUUCCUGGAGCCAGAGCCAGAUUCUGCCCGGCAGUCUGCCUGUCAGCGUCAGGGUCACAAGGACUCCUUCCCUUUCCAGCCUGGAAAGCCCCCUCCAAGGCAGCAAGGAGGAAGUGCAUGACCUGGGACUCCUUGUAGCCCACCCAGGACCCUGGGUCCAGCCAGCAGCCCAGGCUCUAUGGGUACACAUCCCUGAGCAGCCCCCACUCCCUCUGGGCACAACGCAGCCUGGGGCCUGCCCCUGAGGGGCACAUGCUGGGAUUUCCUAGGAGGGGGAUCUGGAUUCUGGGGACAAGGAAGUUCCUAGAGGCAGCAGAGGCGGGGCAGGAUGAGGUGGGGUAGCCUGAUAGAAACCUCAGCCUUGGGGAAAUGCUGAGCACAGCACAUCUGGGACACCAGAGGGUCUGGAGACCAUGGCCAGCCAGGGAAGUGGCUGAUGCCACAGGGAGGGGCCGCGGCCUGGGCAGUGCACCUGCUCUCCGAGGGUACGCUGGGUCUGCAUGGUGGGCGUGCUGGGUGCCCAUCUGGGUAGGGGCUGCAUCUGCGCAGGGUGCUCACGCGGGCAGCCUUCUCUUCCUGGACCAAGCAGGCCUCCUCCUCCUCCUCUGGUGCCCAGGUGGUCAGCUUUGGGCCUCUCUGGAGACCAGCGGGCUGGCGGGGGCCCUGACUUGUGGCUCUUCCUGUAGCCACCCGGCUCCAGCAGAGGAGUAGAGAGGGAGGUGGGGGCGGGGUGGGUGAUGCCAAAGGCCACGGGCAGGGGCGGGGCAGGAGUGGGAAGGCCCCCACUGCCCUCACCUCGGGCAGAUGAAAGCACAGUGCUUCCAGGCAGGGGCUGAGCGAGGGGCGCAGCUGUGAUUUCAGGGUGCUGCUGCCAGGGUAGCUGCUGUGAUUUGAGAACCUAGGUUUCUCUGGUGACUGAUUCCCGGAGGCUGUGAAUGAAUAAUGCUGGGCGCAGCACCACCUGGAGACUAUGGGCCUGGGGGGGCCUGGCUGGGGGCACCCUGCUCUCAGUCCUCUGGCUCCUGUGGCUGCUGGGAUCAACCCCAGGUGGAGCACCAGAGCCCCAACCCAUGGUCACCAUCCUCAUCUGGCACUGGCCCUUCACCAACCAGCCCCCUGAGUUGCUGGGCGACACCUGCACCCGAUACGGUGUGGCCCACUGCCGCCUGAGCACGGACCGAAGCCUGCUGGCCAGUGCCGACGCUGUGGUCUUCCACCACCGCGAGCUGCAGACCCGGAGGUCUCACCUACCCCUGGCCCAGCGGCCGCGUGGGCAGCCCUGGAUCUGGGCCUCCAUGGAGUCACCCAGCAACACCCACGGCCUCGCCCGCCUCCGCGGCAUCUUCAACUGGGUGCUUAGCUACCGGCGCGACUCGGACAUCUUCGUGCCCUAUGGCCGCCUGGAGCCGCACUCUGGGCCCGCACCCCCAGUGCCAGUCAAGAGCAGGAUGGCCAUCUGGGUGGUCAGCAACUACCAGAAGCGGCAGCGGCGCACGAGGGUGUACCAGCAGCUGGCACCUCACCUUCAGGUGGAUGUGUUUGGCCGUGCCAACGGGCGUCCACUGUGUGCUGAUUGUCUGCUGCCCACCGUGGCUCCAUACCGCUUUUACCUGUCCUUGGAGAACUCACAGCACCGGGACUACAUCACUGAGAAGUUCUGGCGCAAUGCGCUGGCCGCUGGGGCUGUGCCCGUGGUGCUGGGGCCCCCGCGGGCCACCUAUGAGGCCUUUGUCCCUCCCCAGGCCUUCGUGCACGUGGAUGACUUCAGGUCUGCCCAGGAGCUGGCUGCUUUCCUCAACGGCAUGAACGAGAGCCACUAUCGUGGCUUCUUCGCCUGGCGUGACAGGCUGCGUGUGCGGCUGCUGGAGGACUGGCAGGAGCGCUUCUGUGCCAUCUGUGCCCGCUACCCCCACCUGCCGCGUGGCCAGGUCUAUGAGGACCUGGAAGGCUGGUUCCAGGCCUGAGCUCCCCCGGGUGACAGAGGCUGUGGGCAGAAGACUGAUGCUGAAAUCAAACCAUGGGCAUCCGGCCCCGAGCCAGGGGAGCCGACCCAAGGCUAGGGUCAGAGCCAGGAAGCAGGGAGGAGCAGGCUGGGGCUGCACAGCAGACACUGGGGAGGAGGGAGGAGCAGGAGGGAGCUGGUGGAGCGCACGUUGCUCAGGCUGAUGAGGGAGGAACUCCCCAGCUUGAACACAUCUUGGUAAAUCAAAGUUCAGCUGGGGCUGGGGCUGGGGCUCAGAGGUGGAGCGCUUGCCCAGCACAGGUGAGGCACUGAGGUACUACCCUCAGCACCACAUAAAAUAAAUAAAUAAG